AUGGAGGACUGCCUUCACACCUCCUCUGAAAACCUCUCCAAGCUGGUGAGCUGGGCCCACAGCCACGGAACCAUCUGCAGCCUCAUCCCCAACCUCAAGCACCUACUCUCUGAGGGGGCCCACGGCAACCUCACGGCCAUGUGGGGCUGUAGCGCUGGCCAUGCCUACCACUGGCCCCUGGCUGCCACUUGCCGGGCAGGCUCCCAGGAGCGAGUUUGCUUCCAGGACAGCCGCAGCUUCAACUCAGACAGCCCCAGCAUGCUGGGGGUGCCCUCAGAGGCACAGGCCAGCCCCCUGGAGCGCUACCCAGGCCGGCCAGGGAAGGCCAAGCUGGAUUGCACCCGCACCCGCGACUCCUGUGACUUCUCCUACUGCAGUGAGCCGUCAGAACUGGGCGAGCCCGUGGAGGAGUACGAGGAUGAGGCCACCCUCUUUGACAUGGUCUGUGAGUCCUCUGUCACCGAUGAGGACAGCGACUUUGAGCCACACCCCCACCGGGCCCCUGCUGGCCCCCGCAAGCGGCCGGCUGCUGGCCUGCCCACCACUGCCCAGGCCCAGCCUGCCGACGAGGGCGGUGGUGAGGUUCUCCUCAAGAAGAUCAAGCAGGAGCUCCCCGAAGACUACUACAUAGUGGCCAACGCCGAGCUGACGGCCGGCGCCGAUGGGCCG